GACUGUGUUUUCUGGCACUCGCCAAGUACAUAUGAUCUUCCUCGUUCCGCUCCCUCUCUCUCUCUCUCUCUCUCUCUCUCUCUCUCUCUGCUCAUCAUCCUCUGCCUCCUGCAACCCUCCCCCCUCUCCUCUCCUGCAAACUCUCCAUGCCAACUUCCUUCAGAGCAAAGAAGAACCGAAGAAAGGAAACCCAUAACCCCGCCGAGAAACUUCGCCCCGAAGCAAUCAUCAUCACUAGUUAAAUGGAUUUUUCUAGGGACGGUCGGGGAAGAUGGACGAUAAAGCUGGGACCCUUGAGUUGAGGCGGUUGUGAAGGAAGCCGUUGAUAUGGCACUGGAGAACGUGCCGAAGCUGAGAUGCAACGCAAAUGGACUCACUACCGAGUCUACUAAUGAGAGAUUGGGCAUUUUUGGUGACAACAAGCUCGAAGAGAAGGAGAGCAGACACAGAGGCAGCGAGUCCGGUUGGACAAAGUACAUCGUCAAUACUGAAGGAGAUGAUGGCACCAAAGAUGACAAGAUUAACUAUCAGGAUGAUGACGAUGACAAGGAUGAUGAUACUGACAAUUAUGUGACCUCCGAUGCCUCUUCUGGAGUAUGCCAUCUCGUGAUUUCUUGUGGAUACAACAGCUAAAUGAGCCACCAAGUCAAGCGCAAGCAUGAAUAUGAUACUAAAGAUGCUAGGAGGUCGUAGUCCUCUGCUAAAAAACUUUCCUACAAAUGGAAGGUGAAGAGAAGAGAUGGUCCGGAGAUGAGAACAGACACCAAAGAACAAGAACUGCUACAUCUCGAGGCUGACAGUAUUGGUAGUCGCACCCAAAGCAAGAUCCGGGGGAUGAAGGUGAGCAUAUGGAGAAGGAUCACGUCUAAAGGAAGGCUAGCGAUUUUGAUCUGUCAAAUAGGCUGCUCUGUGGCUUUCUUGCAAAAUUAUAAGAUGAUAUUUUUUCUUUUUUCCGGUCAUAACAAUCAAAUGAAGCAUAAACCACACUCGAUUAAAAUGGUAUAGGUGAUAUUGCUCGGGAGUCA